AUGGGUUGGAUUGAUUAUCGGAAGGCGUAUGACAUGGUGCCACAUUCAUGGAUUGUGGAGGUGCUGAAGAUGGUCAACGUAGCUGAUAAUGUGAAGGGACUGCUAUGUGGUAGUAUGCAAGAGUUGAGAACUGUGUUAACGUCAAAUGGGGAAGUGUUGGGUGAAGUGGACAUCAAGCGUGGAAUAUUCCAGGGAGAUUCGUUGUCUCCAUUGCUGUUUGUUCUCGCUAUGGUUCCCCUUACCAUGUUGUUAAAAAGAGAGACCAUUGGCUACAGGUUUGGUUCAGGACAGCAGAUGAUGAAUCAUCUACUGUUCAUGGAUGAUUUUAAGUUGUAUGGUAGGUCGGAGGAAGAACUGGAGAAGUUGGUUGACGUAGUUCAUGUGUUUUCUAGGGAUAUUGGAAUGGAGUUUGGGUUGGAUAAGUGUGCUGUGUUGAUCUUGAAACAAGGGAGCAAGGUGCACUGUGAAGGAAUUUUAUUACCUGAUGGUAAGGAAAUGAGUGAGAURGAUGAGAGUGGGUAUAAGUACUUGGGUGUGUUGGAAGGGGCUGAUAUUAUGCAGAAAGAAAUGAAGCAGAAGGUGAGAGAUGAAUACUUGAGGAGGGUGAAGCUUGUGGCAAAAUCCAAGUUGUAUGGUGGUAAUUUGAUCAAGGCAAUCAAUGSUUGGGCUGUUAGUGUGGUAAGGUAUAGUGCAKGWAUMUUGGACUGGAGUGAUCGAGAGUUAAAGGAGAUGGAUGUAAAGACUAGAAAGAGGUUGACAAUGUUUGGGACAUUUCAUAAGAAGGGNGGAGUCUGUGGGACAUUUGGCGAGUGGUUGUAG